AUGCAUGGGCUUGAGAGCGUGGCGAGGUCCCUGACGCUGAUGUCAGGUAAUGUGCCGGAGGAGAUCAGCGAGUUGGGGGUUCCGUUUGCCAUUUCGUCAACAGAGUCUCCGCCUCUUCCGUUGGGUGCAUUGAUGUGGGCCUACGACGUUUUGAAGUACGACUUGCUUCAUCUCUUGCCUACGGUGUACCUGGCAAAACUCCAAAACUACCCCACGGUGGUGGAGCUUGCCACGUAUGCGACAGAUAAGGUGUUCAAAGGACCAAAGAGAUCCUUUCGACUGGUCUGCUACCCACAACCGCUAUAUGGCGGCUGUAAGGAGGAAGAAGACGACGGCUGUAAGGAAGUGAAAAUCGAAGACUUUCGCUCCUUGGUACCAGCCGAAAUUGACCAAUGGGUCAAGAAGGGGAAAAAUACUGAACGCCGAGAGCUUCGUUUACCAACGCCAGAACAACUACCUCAAGGUUAUACUGGUAUACAUUGGUGGGCAAACAGCAUUCUUGCUGAUUGCUGGAGUGGAGCCAACCCUCUAGGGUCACCCGGCGAUAUGAUUUCGCAGCCAGUAUUUUUCGCCAUGGUCUAUUCACAUAUUUGCGAGUGUCUUAGAGAUGAUUUUUACAGCCCAUCGGAUUAA